AUUUAUAUUUCCGUUUUAAAUCACAGGAAAUUCUAUUUUGUUUUCUUAAAUAUGGCCGUAUCCAACCCCCAGUUAGGAAUACAAUCUCCAAUUCAGUGCCAGUUAUGUGUACAGGAUAAACAAAUAUCCUUUAAGUGUUUAGAAUGUGACUUACUGAUGUGCAGUGCAUGUAAGAACGAUAUUCAUCCUAAAAUCAAAACUGCAACGGAGCAUAGAAUUAUACAUAUAAAGGAUAUUGGGAAAACAUCAAUACCCAGCACAAAUAUAGGUAGUACAUCAUCCUCCAACAAGGAGAAUAACCAAACCUCAGACUCCAGCAUGGAUUGUACCAAUGUUCAUGUAACUGUUGUUGAAGAAUAUCAAACUAAAAUUAAAGAAGUUUCUCAACUGGCACUAGGUUUAGAUGAUUCAUUUUGGCUUGGUGAUGGAGACCAUCAAAAGGGUAUGAGAUUAUUUACUUCUCAUACAGGAUUGCAGAAAGUAAAAUGCGAAGGAAAUAAACUAAAGGUGAUAUCUAGUUUUAAUAUCGAUAUUUGUGGCCUGGCAAUUACUAAUGGUAAUGACUUACUUAUAGCUACUGAUUGGCCAAUACUGAAACAGAUAAAAAAUGGAAGAACGAAAAUUGAAGACACUGCUUAUAAUCUAAAUCCAUAUUAUCCACAAUCAAUUUAUAUAACCAGAAAGAACAAGGUUAUAGUAGGAGCUAGGAAUAAUACGAAAAACAAAGGUGUGGUGAUUGUUAUGGACUAUUUGGGGAAUCAUGAGAGAGUGUAUGGUAAGGACAAGACUAAAGAUAUUUUAUUUACCCUUCCAUGGAAUAUAACUGCAACUAACAAUGAUAAUAUUUUUGUGAUUGAUGUUAUAAAUGAUAAAAUGGAAGGACGAGUAGUUUUGCUAGGACAAGUUGACAUUGUUAAUACAUAUUGUGGACAUCCCGAAAUCAACACUAAAGCUAUACCAUUUACGCCAAUAGAUUUAACAACAACACCAACAGACAAUGUCAUUGUGGUAGAAAUGAUCAAUAAUACUCUACAUAUCAUUAAUAAUUCAGGACAGCUAAUAACCUACAUUAGCACUAAAUACAAAGGGAUAUCUCUUCCAUGUUCCAUAAGCCUUGCAAUGGUAGGACAUUUUUGUAUGCUAUACAUUGGAACUUAUACUGAUGAAAAUAAUAAAGACAAAGCCAAACUUUAUAAACUGAAUUUGACAGGUUGUUAAUCAUCAAGAUUAAGUUGUUUAUAUGAGUACCAUAUAGUUUCUUUAUUGACAUUGUCAUAUAUUCAAUGAUCAUCUGUACUUAUAAAGCCGAUAAAUGCUUUGGUGUGUUAACUAUUCGUUUGAUUAGUUGGAGCUUUUGGUUUUGUCAUUUUAUU